CGGCCGGUAGCUGCAGCUGGAGCGGUGGCGUUUGGAGAAGACGCGAAACUGGAUGGCUUCUACAGGGAGCCAGGCCUCUGAUAUAGACGAGAUUUUUGGAUUCUUCAAUGAUGGCGUACCCCCCACCAAAAAGCCCAGGAAGCUGCUUCCAAGCCUAAAAACUAAGAAGCCUCGAGAACUUGUGCUAGUGAUUGGGACAGGCAUCAGUGCUGCAGUUGCACCUCAAGUUCCAGCCCUCAAAUCCUGGAAGGGGUUAAUUCAGGCCUUACUGGAUGCUGCCAUUGAUUUUGAUCUUUUAGAAGAUGAAGAGAGUAAAAAGUUUCAGAAAUGUCUCCAUGAAGACAAGAACCUUGUCCAUGUUGCCCAUGACCUUAUCCAGAAACUCUCUCCUCGUACCAGUAAUGUUCAAUCCACAUUUUUCAAGGACUGUUUAUAUGAAGUAUUUGAUGACUUGGAGUCAAAAAUGGAAGAUUCUGGAAAACAGCUACUUCAGUCAGUUCUCCACCUGAUGGAAAAUGGAGCCCUUGUAUUAACUACAAAUUUUGACAAUCUCCUGGAACUGUAUGCAGCAGAUCAGGGGAAACAGCUUGAAUCCCUUGACCUUACUGAUGAGAAAAAGGUCCUAGAGUGGGCUCAGGAGAAGCGGAAGCUGAGCGUGCUGCAUAUUCACGGAGUCUACACCAACCCUAGUGGCAUUGUCCUUCAUCCAGCGGGAUAUCAGAACAUACUGAGGAACACCGAAGUCAUGAGAGAGAUUCAGAAACUCUACGAAAACAAGUCAUUUCUUUUCCUGGGCUGUGGCUGGACUGUGGAUGACACCACUUUCCAGGCCCUUUUCCUGGAGGCUGUCAAGCAUAAAUCUGACCUAGAACAUUUCAUGCUGGUUCGGAGAGGAGACGUAGAUGAGUUCAAAAAGCUUCGCGAAAACAUGCUGGACAAGGGGAUUAAAGUCAUCUCCUAUGGAAAUGACUAUGCUGAUCUACCAGAGUAUUUCAAGCGACUGGCAUGUGAGAUCUCCACAAGGGGUAGAGCAGGGAUGGUGAGAGAAGGUCAGCUGAAUGGCUCAUCUGCAGCACACAGUGAAAUAAGAGGCUGUGGUACAUGAGCAAGCUAGAGAAAUCACCAUCGUUAGACCAAGCUGUUAGGCCCUACCAUGGACGGUGUUUAACAAGUAAACUUACAAGAAGCCAACACAGCUCCCAGAAAGUACCAAUAGCCAGAGGUUGAAGGGUGGGGUAGAAGCGGGAGGAAAUGUUCCAGUGUAAUCCUUCAUGCCACCUGGUUCUUGAUAUUCUGCUGCCUGUUCAAGAAUACAAGUGACAGCAGGACCCAAACGCAGCUCCUGACCCACUCCCUGGGCUGGACAUGCUUGUGUCCACAGCACACUAAUGUGAUACCUCCACUGACUGGCUGCAGCUCUGCAUGGACUUGGGGUCUACAUGCCACGGAAUCACUGUGGCUCUUGUUGCAGUUUUGUACUCUAUAAUCGGUUUUUCAAUUAAGCUUAAUGGCUUUUUU